AUUGCGGAGGCUCUGCGUUGCAUUGCCAGUGAAAGCAGCCUGCGCUGUGAGGAGACACGGAGGUGUAGCGUGACGUUCACUUCAACGGAGCACAUGAGAUGUACAUGGAACGUAAUAGGCUACACUAGAAACCUUCGGCGCUCUGUAUUCGGAUAUGCUGUCUUAAAACGAAGUGGUAGGAUGGAUAUCAUAAUUUCUAGACGGUCCAAAAUCCUCAUGAAGGUUAAAGCCAAAAUCCUUCAGCCCAGCAGCAUCUUCACAACGUACGACAGCUGGAAUUGUGUGAUUCGUGACAUCGCAUCGGUAUGAGGAAAAUGACUGGCACAGUGUAAAGAUGAAUUUCAAAAUUAUGACAUCCUAAAUGUCAUUCUUACCCACCACAGCAUCUGAUAUUAUCCCCCCAAGAAGAAUGCUGCAACAGAACAACAACAAUAAUUGCUUGGACAUGGCCCAUCGGGAGCUACUGCAUGAAUGCCGAAGAACCAACGUCUCAUUCGCCAGUGCCCUUGAGUUUGGAGCCAUACCCCUGAUUAAAGGCCUGAGAGCAUGGGCUGUGAGUGGCGGCUACUCUAAAGCCAGGAGAAAGGCUGCUAAUGGGCCACGGGCACAGGGCACAUGCCAACAGCCUCCUGAAACCAGGGUGGGGCAGAGAAGCUGGUCAGGUCAGGUCAGCAGCGGCUACGGGCACACGCUGGACAGCACAAUUAGUGCAACGAGAACUCCAGGGGUCAGGCCAGGCGGUCUUGGGGCUCUCGUAACUGUGGCAACUUUGAAAGGCACUGAGGCGGGUGGCAGGCAGACUCAGACACGCUGCCUGUUUCUCAAAGCCCAGGGAAGGGGCAGCUACAUCUGUGCUGUUGGAAACCGCGGGACUGGGGCGAGAGUCACGGGUCCACGGACUCACACUGUCAUUCUUGAGGGGACGAAGGAAGAGCAUAGAUGUUCCAGUAAAGGGCCGAAGCUGAGCCAGGAUGGGACAGACGAUGGUGGACUGUUCAAGGCCAAGCCCAGGGCCAUACGAAAAUGGAGGAAGUGUGGUAAAACAACAGGCUCGGUGGAGAAAAGAGCAGCAGCUCAUGGCAAAGGGGAACAUGGUUAUCAAAAAAAUGCACAACCAGUUAACGUAACACCAGAUAACACAAUAACACAAUGCCGGAAGGGUAGCAGUGCCAGCUAUCCAAAUCAGGACGACUUAGAGUUGGGCAAAGACGAAAGGGCUCAUUCCUCCCUAUCGGUAAAAUCUGUCACAGCCGAGAGCACGGAUCCACAAACCUGCUCCUCUUCUGCCAAACCAUGUGCCAAACCAGGUGAGCAGGUUGAAGCUGAGAUGAGUAUUAAUCAAUCCGAUAACUGUUCUGAAAAAGAAUCUAGUUGUGCCAAUGCUGAGGUUACUAAAUGUGACAUUGACCUUGAUGCAAAUGAUCGCCAGGACAUUAUUGCUGAUGUGCCAAACCUAGGAUCAUCUGUAGCAUCUGAGACUAACUUUGAUAGCCUAGGAACCAAAUUGACCACAACAAACUGCAAUACUGAGCCAAGCAUUGAUUAUUCUCCCAUGAUAACUCCCUCUGAAGUCCCUGUCAGCAUUCGGAAAAAUCAAGAAUCCAGGCCAGACGAGCAUUUACUGGACCGUGAGAAUCUAAAUUCGGUGGAGCCCAGUGAUCUUACAACAGAGAGAGAUGGGACUCCAGACACAAAGAAUAGAGUUGUGCCAGAGGCCCGCACUCCAGUGGGUGUUGAAUGUAGCACUACAGAAAAGAAGAGGAGGCCGUCCAUGUGCUCACCUCAGCACUGGGAGGAAUUAAUCACAGAGCAUGGAGAACUUGAAGUUCAGCAGUCUGACAAAUCCUCUUCACGAGGCUUUAGCGCACCAACAGCCAAUAUAACUGUAACCACUAUUCACUCCCUGCCUAAUCCUGCCCCUACCACCACCGCAGCCAUAGCAACAGCCAUCCCAGCAUUAAGCAAAGGGGAGGUGGGAACUAGAGGUGGAGACUUGCUGCCUCUGGUGAACUCAGAGUUGCUAUCAGAGCCGGCAAGAGUUGACGACAAGGACAAGGUGGCCGCUGACGAGGGGUCUCUUGAUGUGGGCGACGAGGAGGAGGAGGAUGAGUUUGGGGCUUUCAUGCAGGCAGGUGGAGAGCAGCUGUGGACGGACGGGUUCCAACAGUUGGCUGCUGGAGAGGAAUACAAUUGUGAGGAACACACAAGUUCUGCUGAUGCAAAUGAAGCCACAUCCUGGGCAUCCGAUUGGACGGCAGUCCAGUCAUUCCAGCAGUCAGAGAGCACAUGGACUGCCUUCAGCCAAGAGACUCUGGAGCAGAAGAUAAUACCUGGUGGUCAGUGGUGGCCUUCUAAUGAAAAGCCAAACCUUCCCCUCUCUCCUCUCCAUAAUGUGUCAAAUGUGUUUCUAGGGGCCUUUCCCUCAGAAAAGUCCCCCUGUGAAGAUCCUGAAUACAUUCCUACACUAAAGCAGCUUCUGCAAGGACCAGCUGAAAACAGCAAUACAGGGGAGCACAAGAAGCAGAGCUUACUUGAUGGCCUCCAGGAUCUGGACAGGAUGAUUGAUGUGAAAUAUAAGAGGGCGGAGUCUCUGUCCUGUAAACUUCUCCUUCAGUCACUGCAUUUGGAACGUCCCAGCUCUGAACGCGCGACAGUUCGACUGAAGACCAGUGCCAGAUUUUCUCCAAAUCUCCCAACGUCCAACCUGCAGUUAGCUGCAAGUGCUAAGAGAAGACUGUCAUAUGACUUCAACAGAAAUAUCACAACCUAGUCUCUAUAUCUGUUGAAACACCAUUGACCUAUGCUUCCUUGAAAACAGGAAAUACAGGGCAGAAGAAUAAUACAUGCUGAAAAACUGAAUUGACUUCUAUUCAAGGUUUAUUUAAAGUGUAUUUCUUCUUUUAGUGUCUGUUCUCAUUCAGUGUCUGGUAGAUUCUGUUUCUCAUUCAGCUAUGUAUCAAGACACACAAGACCUAUGUUUAACCAAAUGUAUGUUUUUCAGUAUUUCAGAAAUCUGGGGUUGAAUUAGGACAAAUGUACUGAAAUGUCAAGUUAAAAAACCCUUUGGCAAAUUGUUUAGGUGUAAGGAAUGAGUCUGGUUAUUGGACCCAUUUGACAUUGUGCUAAUCAGAUAAGAAUAUGUCAAUAUGCAUUGGUGUUUUACUUUUAAUUAUUGCUAUGGAUUAUAUUUGUUGAAAUAAGAUAAUUUUUUUGCAGCCAUAGCAAAUUGGUUAGUGCACGUUCUCACAAGGAUGUAGAUUCAAAUAUGGCCCCUAACUUUCCUUCAUACUAUCUCACAUGAUGAUAGCAAAAAAAAAAAAAAAAAAAAAAAAAAAAUAAAAUUAAAGAAACAGUUAUUUAUUGUUUAGGGCGGAUUAGGAUGAUUUUCUGCUCCCUGAAAGCUCUCUUUCGCCUGAAAAUUGUCAAAAGCAAGCAAAUGUCCACAAAAUGUAUUUUCAUACACCACCACACAGAGAAAUCCAUUUUCUUGUUUCCAUGUCUUUUUUUCCCUGUGUUUGAAGUACUAAAUAUGACACUGUAGUGUGCCAUUUUUAACUCCUGACGAAUAGAGACCAUAUUUUCAGAAGUGUUUUAAAUGAAUGUUAACAUUUUAAACUGAACCUGUACGCUUGUUUGUUGAUUGACGUAAUUAAAACAUCUUUGAAAGAC